AUGUACAAUGGCAUCGGCAUCAUGACGCCCAAGGGCUCCGGCACAAAUGGCUAUGUGCAGCGGAACCUUUCCUUCCUGCCCCGGCAGCGACUGGACUUCAAGGCGCAGAUUGGACAGAGCUUCAAGAGCAUGACCGGCGAGGGCGCCAUCAAGGUUCGGAAGGCGAACGUCGAGCUCCUCAUCCAUGAGCAGAAGCGAAAGGUGGAAAACGAGCUCAUUAAGCUGGAGGACGAGCUUACAGAAGCAGGUAUGCCCGAGGCAGAAGUACAGGCGGCCAUCGAACGAGAGCGGAAGCACAUGCUCAAAGCUGUCGAGACUGGCUCGCUGCGGUAUGACUCGGAGCUUGAGAAGAAAGACUCGCAUCACCAGGCCAUGGAGAAGGAGAAGGAGCUGUACAAGUUCGAGAAGGCCGUGGGCAUCGACACCCGUUCCCGGGUCGUUGGGCAAGCGUUCGACCAGGAACUUCAGGCACAGCUGAAGCUGGAGCGGAUGCAGCAGAAGGCCGAGCAGGAGCAGAUGCGGCUUGAAGCCCAGAAGAAGGCAGAGAAGGCCCAAGAGCGGGCGGAGAAGCUCCGCAAGAAGGCGGAGAAGGCCAAGCUGAAGGCCGAGAAGAAGCUGGAGAAGCUCCGGGCAAAGCAGGAGAAGCAGAAAGUGAAGGAGGAGGAGAAGGCGGCCAAGCUCAAGGAAGAGCUGAAAGACGCCGCCGUGAAGGAAGAGGAGGAGGUCAAGGAGCCCCCGCGGGAGCGGCCAAAGAAGAAGGAGAUCGUGAUCGAAGCUCCGAAGCCGCGUGAGGGAAUGACAAGGGCGAAGGUCGAGCCGGAGGACGACGAUCGAUGGCGGCCCGAUCCGGAGGAGUCUCGCCGGGAGCGCGACUCGCGCCGGCAUCGAGACGACGACCGGCACAGGGACGACGACCGACGUCGGGGGGAUGAUCGGCGCCGGGAGGACGACCGGCGCCGGGAGGAUGAUCGGCGGAGAGGCCGCGAUCGCUCCGAGGAUAGCUCCGACGACGACGACGACUCGGACUCCGACGACAGCAGCGCUGCGAUUCGUCAGACAGUGACGACAGCCGCGAUCAGCGAGGCCGCGGCGGGGACCGGAGGCGCGAGCGCCGCCACCUCGGCUUGGCCUAUGGAAGGGAUCGGGGUGGUCUUGGUGAAGGGCAGUGAGGAGGAGCGGCGACGGCCGGAGAAACGGCGAGAACGCGAGCCAUCCUCCUCGGGUGAUGAGGCUCGCCGAGCUCGGGAGCGGAAGGUCAAGCCUGCCGAGAAGGAGAAGGAGAAGGUUCCGGAGGAGAAGCCGAAGAAAUCGAAAGCUCCGGAGGAAGAGCCACCCAAGAAGGUCGCCAAGGUAGCGGAGGAAAAGCCGAAGAAGCCCAAGACCACCGAGGCGGAGGAGAAGCCGAAGAAGUCGAAGGCACCCGAGGAUCCUCCGAAGAAAGCGCCGAAGGUGGCCGAGGAGCCGAAGAAACCCGAGAAGGCGCCGGCCACCAAAACAUCCACCAAGGCCGCCGAAGAGCCCAAGAAGACCUCCAAGGCAGCCGAAGAGCCCAAGAAAAGCUCAAAGGCAGCCGAAGAGCCCAAGAAGACCUCGAAGGCCGCAGAAGAGACCAAGAAGACCUCCAAGGCGGCCGAGGAGAAGCCGAAGAAGUCGAAGGCACCCGAGGAAGAGCCGCCCAAGAAGACUACGAAGGCCACAGAAGGCAAGCCGAAGAAAUCCAAAGCACCAGAGGCGGCAGACGACAAGCCGAAGAAGUCGAAAGCACCCGAGGAAGUGCCGAAGAAAGCGAGCAAGGUGGCAGAUGAAGCGAAGAAGCCCGAGAAGGAGAAGGAAAAGGUGGCUGAGACGAAGAAGACGAGCAAGGCCGCUGGGGAGACCAAGAAGACCACCAAGGCCCCUGCGAGCAAGGAGUCCAAGAAGAGGGAGGCACCCGCAGAGGAGCCUCCGAAGGCCGCCGAGGAAGAGAAGCCAAAGAAGAAAAAGAAGCCUGCGGAGGCCAAGAAGAAGAAAGAGGAGGGUCGAUCCGAUGGUCCAGCGGACAAGGGAUCGAAGCGGAAAGAAUGA